AUGGCCACGUUUCGAUUCAUCCAUGCUGGCUCGGGCCUCCCCCUCCAUAUUGAUGGCUUGGGAGACAAGCUUGCGUCCGUGCGGUAUGGAGAUUGUCGGGACGACUUCUCCCUUUUCUGGGUCGAGCCGGCGGGUGGGAAGGCGGUUUUCAUUCGCAACUUUGCCACGGAGAUGCCUUUGCACAUCAAUGGUUUCGGAGACAAGUUGGCCUCGGUGCGCUGUGGAGAGUGCCUGGAUGACUUUUCCAGGUUCGUGUUCGAAGCUACGCCGGCCUUCCCAGAUGUUGUGAUCCGAAAUGUGGCUAUGACCUGGCCACUGCACAUCGACGCGUCUUGCGACAAGCUGGCAUCGUCGCGGUAUGCCGAAGGCGACGCUGAGACUACGCAUUUUCGACUUGAAGUCAGCUUUGCUCUUCAGCCUUGUUUCCUUGUGCAUUCCUUGACUCAGCGACCGCUGCGCGUGGAUGGCUUAGGUGACCAGUUGGCCUACGCUCGCGAUGGCGAUCCACACGACGACAACUGCCACUAUCACCUUGAGCCCACCGCCGAGGGCAGCUUCUUCCUAGUGCACCUGGAAUCUGGAUGGCCCCUACACGUGAAUGGACUGGAUGACCACCUGCUUUCGGUGCGCUUCGGCGAUUGCAGAGACGACUUUGCCAGGUUCGAGAUCUUGGCCAGUCCGGAGCACAUCGGAAGCUUCACCCUGCACUCUGUGGCAACCGGUGGCUCCCUUUACCUGCGAACGGAUGCUUGGUAG